UUGUGUUCACUCCCCAUGGCACCACGCAUUUAGAUAGUGGCGUGAUCUGAGCUAUGUUGUGAGUCUUCUAUUUCUUAUUCUUUAAGUUGAAAAUUUCUGCGUUCGCUGCGUAGCUACUAAAAAUAAUGUAUUGUGCAUCAAAUUCUCCGCUAUUAUAGUGCUGAUAAGUGGUAAAACAUGAGCAGCUGGAAAUCAAUUGGUAGUAGACUGCCAAUAGUUGCCACUAGAUUGUUCCCUACUGUAGAGGCAUGGAGUGUCCCAGAGAGUUUUCCGAAACAGCAAACGCGCUCGAAUCAAUCACAAACGCGUCAUGCCCUGAUGGAUCUGCGUCGCAAGGCGAUACCAGUUGAGCGUCAGCGACAGGUUCUCCAUGAAUUGGUGGACAAGUUGGAACGAUCACCAGAUGAGAAGAAAUUUGCCAUCCAUGAAGGAGCCAUUGAGUUGCUCAAAGAACUUCAGUAUUCCCCCGAUAAGGUAAUUGUGGAACAUGCCCGACUAGGAUUAGCUCUGCUAGGGUACGUUCCGCCGCUACCCAGUCGAGGAAUCCGAAUCCUAAGCGUCGAUGGAGGCGGCAUACGAGGACUUAUCGUGGCUGAGCUGCUCAGGCGGAUUGAGAAAAUGACUGGAAAAAAGAUAUUUGAGCUGUUCGACUUGGUUUGUGGGGUAUCGACAGGAGCCAUUCUCUUAUGUGCUUUACUGUCGGAAAAAAAUCUCACCCUUGAUGAAAGCAUAGUCCUCUACAAGAAAUUAAGCCAUAGAAUGUUCCACCGGCCAUCCACGUUGGAUAAACUAACCGGUGCAUCACGUAUAGUGUUAUCACAUGCAUACUAUGAUAUUGAAUUGUGGGAAAGUUUACUGAAACAGCACCUAGGAUAUCGUCGAAUAAUAGACACUUCAAAGUUACCCAAUGUUCCCAAGUUUUGCUUUGUAUCGAACACGAUCUGCGAGGAGCACAUAGAAGCGCACGUAUUUCGAAACUACACCUUUCCGCUGGACUCACAUUCGGUCUACUCGGGCAGUCAUACGGCGCGCAUUUGGGAGGUAGUGCGUGCGUCCUCGGCAGCGCCAGCCUAUUUCGGCGACUUCCAGCUGGACGGGCAACUGCAUCAGGAUGGCGGAAUAUUGUAUAACAAUCCGACGGCGGUGGCCAUCCAUGAAGCGAAAUGUUUAUGGCCGAACGAGCCGAUACAUUGUGUCGUGUCGUUCGGAACGGGACGGACCCGUACGAGAGACUGGAAGGAUGGCCAGAAGAUCAUCAGCAAAAACAUCAUCGAGCAAACGUCGCUGUCUAGUUCGUGGAAGACGAAAUUUUUAAGGAUUCUGGACUCGGCGACUGAUACGGAAGCGACCCACACCAUGCUGAGUGACCUGUUGCCACCGGGGCGCUAUUUCCGCUUCAAUCCGUACCUCACCGAAUUCCUCUCCAUGGUGGAGGUGCGUCCGGAGAAGAUCGCCCAGCUCGAGCGCGACACGGCCGAGUACUUCGCCCGCAACGAGGACAAGUUCGAGCUGGUUUCACAUCUGCUAACCCGCAAACGAAGUGUCCUCCUCAAGGCGUACGAUGCCAUAGCGCGCGCUACCUUCGGUGGAUAAACUCUGCCGCUUUUGUUCAUUCUCAGGUUCCACGUACUCUCGUGCCAGAUCAGAAGUACGGUCUUGUUUAUUGUUAGGAAGUCGUGUCAGUUAUUAAGCUCCAAAGAUUAAGUAAGAAUUUUGCUACAAACAGUAUCUCCGUACGAAGCGCCAAGCGAACAUAGAGACAGGUUCAUUUUUCAAUGACGGCUCAUUUGAUUUCGAUGAACUUUAUUUUUACCGCCGUAUUAUGGGUAAUUAGCUUAUACACGCCUGGUUUUGUUAGUCAUGGACUAAAGAGUUUGUUUACGCUGUGAUUUAUGUUACCGAGCCGGACUAUCCGGUCGAAGUAGAUAUAUUUCUUCCCACGUUAUAAGAAGCAAGGUUACACGAAUAAACAAACGUUUUUCAAACGAAGAAAAAA